GGGGAUUUCCUGGGGAAGAAAUACCAAAGGGGGGCUUUCCAACUGAGAAAUCAACAGCCAGAAGAAUAAGCGGCGGCUCCAUUUUGCUAUGUUCCAUCUCGAUUUCUUUAUAUUUCCUUUAAUAUUAUGUUUUUUAAAUGUCAGCUACCGAUAAAAAUACUCUAGCUGCCUAUUUUAAAAACGGUGGAGUUCGGUCGUUUUCAUUGUAAGCGGUUACAUUGUGGUGUUCGCGUUCAUGAACGUGCCAUUCACUGAAGCUCCAUUUGUAACGUUGUAGCUCCUGAAAAACGGCGUUGCAUAGGCCAACGUUACAGGUCUGAUUCAUGUAAGUAUUGUUGCUAGCUGGAACAGCUAACUAUAAUAUCGUCCAUGUUACAAUGUGGGAAGACAGCAUGUAGCUAUCUCUGUAAAUAUCAUGUUGAGUAGCCAUACAGUUGUGUACCAAAGCGGGGAGCUAGGGAGACUUCGAAUUUGGGUAUGAGGUAAUUUCAAAUAUCCAUUUUGGUGUACUGAAUUGGCUGCGAGACUUAACCGUCUAAACCAUUGUUAAAACAUCCCAAUAAUAGCAUAUUCUAAAAAUGUAUUCUACAUAAUCACGGUGUCAUGUUAUUUUACAUUAUUGUAUUACAAGUUAUUCAGUAUUACACCAAUGCAUGUGCAGUACAGUCAUUGCAGUUAUGACAAAUUGGUUAACCAGUCGAUGCAUGCACAAUGCAGUCAUUGCAGUUACGACAAAUUGGUUAUCCAGACAGUGCAUGCAAAGUAAUUUGCAUAAAUGAUUAUUUGAGUGUGGUAAACAGGCUCACACAAGCUACACAGAAUAUAUUGAGUGCAAAAUACAUUUAUUUGUAUUCAAAUUAUAUGCUUAACAUAUGUCAAUAAUGCCUUUGAGACAUGCCAAACAGUAUGCCUGUAUGCACAUGAAACAUUAACAGAAUCUGUUAAAUUUUUGAUUGGCCAGAUCAAUGUGAAAAAGCAUGAUUCUCUAUUCUCGGAAGAUUUAGCUGUUUGGAUGUCUGUUCACACAGUUGACACAUGUUCUAUUGCUUUCAGGUUAUAGACAUAUUACAUGUGGGCAAUUCCAUGUAACAGAAUUCCGAUGAGACUCAUAUUUUUCACUUCAAAAUAUAUACUCUGGAUAAGAGCGUCUGCUAAAUGACGUAAAUGUAAUACCAAACAAAAAAUAUUGACUUCAAAGUUUAACAAACUGUAGAACUCUAUGCACAAUAACUACUUUUUACAGGGAACAAUUCUGUGGAAAUAGUUUACAAAAACACAUUUACAGGAAGAACGGCAGAUACAAAGUUUUGUAACAGAAUAAAACUGAGAUUUUACAGUAAUUCUGUUACCAAACUUUGCGUCUGCACAGUUUUUCCAGUAACCAAUUGAUUUACUGUGUAAAUUGUUCAAAGUAGCCAUUGUGCAUAGACCUGUAUGGUUUGUUAAACUUUGAAAUCAAUAGUUUUUGUUUGGCAUACAUUUUAAAGUGAAAAAAGUGAGUCUCAGCGUAAUUCCGUUACUGUGGAAUUGCCCAUGUACAAUGACCGGUCAGUCAUAGAAUUCCCCUACAUGUUUCAUUUUUGUUUUGUGAUGUCAUGAUACUCGAGCAGCAUAACAAGACUUGGUUACAUCUGUAUGAUGGGAGUGGAGAGACCAAUAAUGUCUGUGUAGAACAGAUACAGUGGGGAAAAAAUGUAUUUAGUCAGCCACCAAUUGUGCAAGUUCUCCCACUUAAAAAGAUGAGAGAGGCCUGUAAUUUUCAUCAUAGGUACACGUCAACUAUGACAGACAGAAUGAGAAAAAAGAAUCCAGAAAAUCACAUUGUAGGAUUUUUAAUGAAUUUAUUUGCAAAUUAUGGUGGAAAAUAAGUAUUUGGUCACCUACAAACAAGCAAGAUUUCUGGCUCUCACAGACCUGUAACUUCUUCUUUAAGAGGCUCCUCUGUCCUCCACUCGUUACCUGUAUUAAUGGCACCUGUUUGAACUUGUUAUCAGUAUAAAAUACACCUGUCCACAACCUCAAACAGUCACACUCCAAACUCCACUAUGGCCAAGACCAAAGAGCUGUCAAAGGACACCAGAAACAAAAUUGUAGACCUGCACCAGGCUGGGAAGACUGAAUCUGCAAUAGGUAAGCAGCUUGGUUUGAAGAAAUCAACUGUGGGAGCAAUUAUUAGGAAAUGGAAGACAUACAAGACCACUGAUAAUCUCCCUCGAUCUGGGGCUCCACGCAAGAUCUCACCCCGUGGGGUCAAAAUGAUCACAAGAACGGUGAGCAAAAAUCCCAGAACCACACAGGGGGACCUAGUGAAUGACCUGCAGAGAGCUGGGACCAAAGUAACAAAGCCUACCAUCAGUAACACACUACGCCGCCAGGGACUCAAAUCCUGCAGUGCCAGACGUGUCCCCCUGCUUAAGCUAGUACAUGUCCAGGUCCGUCUGAAGUUUGCUAGAGUGCAUUUGGAUGAUCCAGAAGAGGAUUGGGAGAAUGUCAUAUGGUCAGAUGAAACCAAAAUAUAACUUUUUGGUAAGAACUCAUCUUGUCAUGUUUGGAGGACAAAGAAUGCUGAGUUGCAUCCAAAGAACACCAUACCUACUGUGAAGCAUGGGGGUGGAAACAUCAUGCUUUGGGGCUGUUUUUCUGCAAAGGGACCAGGACGACUGAUCCGUGUAAAGGAAAGAAUGAAUGGGGCCAUGUAUCGUGAGAUUUUGAGUGAAAACCUCCUUCCAUCAGCAAGGGCAUUGAAGAUGAAACGUGGCUGGGUCUUUCAGCAUGACAAUGAUCCCAAACACACCGCCCGGGCAACGAAGGAGUGGCUUCGUAAGAAGCAUUUCAAGGUCCUGGAGUGGCCUAGCCAGUCUCCAGAUCUCAACCCCAUAGAAAAUCUUUGGAGGGAGUUGAAAGUCUGUGUUGCCCAGCGACAGCCCCAAAACAUCACUGCUCUAGAGGAGAUCUGCAUGGAGGAAUGGGCCAAAAUACCAGCAACAGUGUGUGAAAACCUUGUGAAGACUUACAGAAAACGUUUGACCUGUGUCAUUGCCAACAAAGGGUAUAUAACAAAGUAUUGAGAAACUUUUGUUAUUGACCAAAUACUUAUUUUCCACCAUAAUUUGCAAAUAAAUUCAUUAAAAAUCCUACAAUGUGAUUUUCUGGAUUUUUUUUUCUCAUUUUGUCUGUCAUAGUUGACGUGUACCUAUGAUGAAAAUUACAGGCCUCUCUCAUCUUUUUAAGUGGGAGAACUUGCACAAUUGGUGGCUGACUAAAUACUUUUUUCCCCCACUGUAGCUGGUGCGUUGAAUGGCCAUAUGAGAGGAUCUCACCUGAGAAACUAUAACAUGUAACAUAUCUCCCCCUACUUUUCUCCAUCCACUCACUCUUAGACACACUUUGUCCUGUCAACAUCAAGCAUAUGACCAGGUUUAAAGACUAGAAUAUUGGGCCAAUUUCUCAAAAUAUCUUGUUCAUUCUCCAUGUAAAUCAGUGUGUAUUUAACAGGGGGAAUACCAAUUUAUACAUAAUACUCUGCGUUUCAUCAGAAACCGAUUUCCCAUAGAGGAAGAGAUACCUGAUUAAUCUCAUCCCUGGCCCAAUUGUACCCGAGACAAUCUCAACGGUACUAUAUGCUUUGAAUUAGGUUAUAACGAAGAUAUCUAGCCUAGCCAAUCUACAUUUCAAACUUUUGCUGACCGCUUCUAUUCAGCUGGGUCUAGGGUUUGUGUAGGCCUAAACCUGUGUGCAGUCAGUCAGUCAGUCAGUCAGUGGUGAUAGACAGUGAUGAAGCAGCAUGUGGGAAAAGCCCCUUGACUAUCCCAGGAAGUCCCCUGAGAAUCACAGGAACUGGUCAGCCAAUAGCCUAGGCCUAAUCCACUUGCUCAUCCAGUGAUGAUGGGCUGAUGUACUUUCAACGUUGAGGGCAGACCUGUAGAAGUUGCCAGUCUUGAUUUAGUAAGUGAGUCUGAAUUGUUUCAGUUGCAUGAAUGAGCCAGUUGAACCAUGUGAGACAGGAUGUAGAGCUGAAGGUUCAGUCAUUAGUUCAGAGUUCAUCUCUAGCUUCAUGGGAACCUUCCUCAGAACAUUGCACAUGCAUGAUGGAAGAAUGUUCCACAGGAAAGUAUUCAGACCCCUUUUUCCACAUUUUGUUACAUUACAGCCUUAUUCUAAAAUUGAUUAAAUAAUUUCCCCCCCUCAUCAAUCUACACACACUACCCCAUAAUGACAAAGCAAAAACCGGUUUUUAGAAAUUUUUUCAAAUGUUUAAAAAACGGAAAUGUUAUAUUUACAUAAGUAUUCAGACCCUUUGCUAUGAGACUCGAAAUUGAGCUCCGGUGCAUCCUGUUUCCAUUGAUCAUCCUUGAGCUGUUACUACAACUUGAUUGGAGUCCACCUGUGGUAAAUUCAACUGAUUGGACAUGAUUUGGAAAGGCAAACACCUGUCUGUAUAAGGUCCUGCAAUUGACAGUGCUUGUCAGAGCAAAAACCAAGCCAUGAGGUCAAAGGAAUUGUCCGUAGAGCUCUGAGACAGAAUUGUGUUGGCACAGAUCCGGGGAAGGGUACCAAAAAAUGACUGCAGCAUUGAAGGUCCCCAAGAACACAGUGGCCUCCAUCAUUCUUAAAUGGAAGAAGUUUGGAACCGCCAAGACUCUUCCUAGAGCUGGCCGCACGGCCAAACUGAGCAAUCAGGGGAGAAGGGCCUUGGUCAGGGAGGUGACCAAGAACCCGAUGGUCACUCUGACAUAGUUCCUCUGUGGAGACCUUCCAGAAGGACAACCAUCUCUGCCGCACUAAAGGACUCUCAGACAAUGAGAAACAAGAUUCUCUGCUCUGAUGAAACCAAUAUUUAACUCUUUGGCCUGAAUGCCAAGUGUCACAUCUGGAGGAAACCUGGGACCAUCCCUACGGUGAAGCAUGGUGGUGGCAGCAUCAUGCUGUGGGGAUGUUUUUCAGCAGCAGGGACUGGGAGACUAGUCAGGAUCGAGGCAAAGGUGUACGGAGCAAAGUACAGAGAGAUCAUUGAUGAAAACCUGCUCUAGAGCGCUCAGGACCUCAGACUGGGGUGAAGGUUCACCUUCCAUCAGGACAACGACCCUAAGCACAGAGCCAAGACAACGCAGGAGUGGCUUCGAGACAAGUCUCUGAAUGUCCUUGAGUGGCCCAGCCAGAGUCCGGACUUGAAACUGAUCUAACAUCUCUGGAGAGACCUGAAAAUACCGUCCAACCUGACAGAGCUUGAGAGGAUCUGCAGAGAAGAAUGGGAGAAACUCCCAAAAUACAGGUAUGCCAAGCUUGUAGCGUCAUACCCAAGAAGACUCCAGGCUGUAAUCGCUGCCAAAGGUGCUUCAACAAAGUACUGAGUAAAGGGUCUGAAUACUUAUGUAAAUGUUAUAUUUCAUUAUUUUUAUUUUUUUAUACAUUUGCAAACCUGUUUUUACUUUGUCGUUAUUGGGUAUUGUUUGUAGAUUGAGGGGGAAAAAUCAAUUUUAGAAUACGGCUGUAAAGUAACAACAUUUGGAAAAAGUCAAGGGGUCUGAAUACUUUCCGAAUGCACUGUAUGGAAGACCAGCUACAUUUUUUGUAGAACCUUACAUAUGCUCUGAUCAGUUGGAUGUUGCUGGCUUUUAGGAUGGUGUAUGCUGUGAUUUGGGUUGGAUGUUCUAGCCUAAAUUGCUUUCUGUUGCUUGCCCUCGGAAAAUGAAUAAUGUGUUGGCGAGUCUAUAAUAAAGGCUUGGGUCAGUCUAGAUUAAGCUGUCCUGUCCUCCAUUAGAGCUUGGCCAUAUGGUCAAAAACCCGUAUUGUGAUACAUUGCCUGAAUUGAUGCAAUAACGAUAAAUACAUAGGGUGUGUUCGUAAAUUCAGAGUGUUGUCAGAUUGUCUGUUCGUAAAUUGAGAGCGUUUCGCUCUUGGAGCGUUCAAAGCGCACACCGAGGGUUGACCUGAGCGUUUUGGCCUCACAACGGCAGUCAAGCACCGAAGCUAACUGGAUAACGUUGGCUAGCUUGCUAGCUACUUCCAGACACAAAUGAGAGAACACCUCACUCUGACCAUUUUACUCGCCCUUACAGAGCUGGUUAGGCUGUUUUCAUGUUAUCCAGAGCGUUGGUGACUAACUGUGCUGCUGGCAACAAUUGAUUUACGCUUUUUUGCCGACGUUUACCGACACCGCCCAUAUUGAACGGGUGUUGAGCGUUUGUAAAUUCAUCAGUUAUUCUGCGCUCUGGCACACUCAGACGAGUGCUCUGAAAUCGGAGUAGAUGGCCAGAGUGAAUUUACGAAUUACCAGUUUAUAACAACUUGCACCACCGUUGUUUUUUUAUCCUUUACUAAUACUACUAUUACUAUAGUUUGAUUGUAGCCAUCACCUGUCCAAUUAACAAUCACCCAUAUUAGCAAACUUAUUUCAUUUCAAACUUCACAUUUAUCUAGUAUAAGUGAUCAGUAUGGUUGGUGUCGCUAACUUUUGGUUUAUCGUCCUCCAGCUCUACUCAAUCUACUUUUGGAUAUGCUCCAUUACAGUCCCAGGCCGGGCCUUCCUGCUUGUGCACUGCACUCUGCUCCGAGUCAGAGCGGAGAUAAAAUUAGCCCCAGUUAACUAUGUCUGUUAUGAAGGGGUUUCCCAAGGUUCGGCCUGAGAGUCAGCAGCUGUUGAUGUGGCAAUGAAUGCUCAGCAUUAACACACACACACACGUCCUCAGCUGAAACACCAUGGUCCCACUCCAAGACCAUGUAACAUAAGACAAUUGUAUCCUCCUUUUUUUAUGAAAUGCGUGUUUGUCCUGUAUGUUGCAACUGUCAGGGUGCAUUUCUAUUCAACAUCGCUCCCCUCCUGUCUUUCUGUGUGUGUGUGCCCAUGUGCCCUCCCCAGGUCAUGUCAGCAGGGCGGAACGCGGACAUGCGGGAGCUGCAAAUCCCCCUCCAGCAUCGCUCUCCCUCCCUGGCUGCUCUCUCUCUGGCCCAGCGCCCCUGGCCCAGCGACCCCGAUGCAGGCUUCUUACCGCAGCGCGGGGGCUUCUGGGACCACUUCAUAGCCACUCCAGAGCCCAAAUACUGCUGCGAGGCCUGCAGGCUAGUGCUCUGCAACCCCAGGCAGACAGAGUGUGGACACCGCUUCUGUGAAACCUGCAUCUCUGAGCAGCUCAGGUGAGGACAAGAGAUUUCAGUUUCAUGGAGAGUGAAGGGGUAUGUUUUUUUGUCGUUGAGAAAUGACAAAUGUCUUCUUGUCUGUGUGUUUUGAAAUGCCAGCUGUCUUCUGGUAAUGAGGGUUAUCAUAAUCGUUCAGUGAUCGUGUGAUGAUUAUGAUUGAGAAAUAAUAAUGUCAUUGGCCACGUUGCUAAAAGGAGGAUUUGAUUGGACAUGAGUUAAUUAAGCCAUAUACCACAAACCCCUGAGGUGCCUUAUUGCUAUUAUAAACUGGUUACCAACAUAAUUAGAAAAGUAAAAAUAAAUGUUUUUUCAUACCUGUGUCUGAUAUACCACGGCUGUCAGCCAAUCAGCAUCCAGGGCUCGAACCACCCUGUUUAUAAUGAUUUAUCACUCCGCAUUAAUAAUCAUCAGUAAAUGUCUCGUCUUUUUUACAGCAAACCGAAUCCAGUAUGUCCAGCGGAUAGUGAGCCGCUGUUCAAAGACAAGGUAAGACUAUGUGAACGAUUUGCAUCACUGUCAUCAUCCUUAUGGUACCCAUGCUAAACAGCCCUAUACUCUUUCUAAAUGGCCGUGGGACAUAAUCACUGCGUGUCCUCACAGUAGCCGUUGUGUUUUCUGUCAGAUCUUCCGUGACGUGUGCUGCCAUAGAGAGAUCAUGGCUCUGAGAGUGUACUGCAGGAGUGAGAAGAAUGGCUGUAAGGAGCAGAUGAGUCUACAGCAGGUCAUGGUAAGUGAAUGACUGACUGAGGAAAAUGGAAAAAGUCCCAUUGUUACACACAGUCAUUAUUCAAACUCUAGAAAAGUGUUUAUCUACAAUUCUCCUUGAUUUCAGUCACAUUGGUUGAACGUUUCCUGUUGUAACUGUAAUGACUACAACCCAAAUGCAAUCUUUUUUUUAUAGGACUUCAUAAUAGGCUACAUUUUCUUUACACCAAAUCCUUAUGAUUCCUUUUCCUCCUUUUUCCCCCAGGAUCAUUUGAAUGUGUGUCUGUAUUUUGAGGUGCCAUGCCCUUUGGGAAAGUGCAAAGAGAAGAUGAUGCGCAAAGACAUUCCUGAACACUUGAGUUGGAAAUGUAAACACAGGGAGACCACCUGUGAAUUCUGCAUGCACAAGAUGGCCAUGACUGAAUUACAGGUAACUAGAACAACUUCUUGAGUUGGGCCGGUGCUCACCGAACCUCUACCUCUUAGAGAAUAUUGUGACCGGCACCCAACAUUUGUACUGGCACAUAUUUUUGUCCACCUUAAAGGGCAAUUCCGCCACUUUUCAACCAAAUAUUCAUUAUCUCCAGCACCAUACCAGUGUCUACAUAUGUGAAAACAGCGCCUUUUUUAUGAUCUGUGGUUAAAAAGAUAAGAAGAAAUGUCAUAAGGUCCCAGAGGGAGGGUAUUUUCUUUCUCCCCACGUCACUGCGAAUCUCAUUGGGUGUUUCUCAAUAUGCAUAGUACCGUGCUCCACACUCAUGCUCCGAGUGCAUUCUCUGACGACGUUCUCUUGAGUACGUUCUUGUGAGGACGAGAGUGUGGAGAAUGCAUAAAACAUUACAUUUGAGAAGCACUGGCACUGCCCCCUACUGUGUUACCUCACGCUGCACCUCCCCAUUCACUGAACCUUCUUCCAGCCAAGACAAGGGCAACAAUAGACGAAACAAGAUAUACACAAAGCAAACGUAUUACUUCAUAAUUAUCAGCUAGAUAUGUGAAUCGUAAUAAUGUAGCUAACCAGAUAGUGUAACAGGCAAAAAUUACCUAAAAUGAAUAUUAUGCAAGGUAGAUGUCAGUUCUUCGUGGGUAGCUAGCUAACAAUUAUUUGUGGCUAUCUGGCUAGCUAGCUAACAGUAUUAGCUAGCCAGUUAGCCCAAUUGACUUAUUAUGGGCUUGCGAUCUACGAUAUGUAGACAGGUAAACAUGCCAAAAUUAACACAGCAUGUAUUUAUUAACGUAUCGAGAUAAAAUAUUGUAGUCAUGCAACAUUUCAUUCCGAAGUCUGAGUGUAUUUUCUCUCGCCUCAGCUCAAAUAAUGGCCACCAUUGAUUUCAAGAAAUGUUGCGUCAUUUUUUAACGUGAUGGCGUCAUAUUGCUUUGCAUACUUUCCGUUGAAGCUUGCAUCGAUGUAUGCUUCAAAAUAUGUACAAACGGAGUAUGCAUUCGAGAAGUGCCCUGCGUGCUCCGUUUCUCAUACUUUGAUUUGGACUCAUACUCCGACCCUCCCGUGCUCCAAUUUGCGUACUCGGAGCACGGUAGUAUGCUAUUUGAAAAACACCCAUAGUGUUUGAAAAUCACUGUUUUUAAAACGUUUUAACUUUUGAUGAUGUCAUCAGGUAUUUAUUUAAUUUUUGUAUUUUACCCCCUUUUUCUCCCCAAUUUUCGAUGUUGUCUCAUCGCUGCAACUCCCCAACGAGUCAUGCGUCCUCCGAAACAUGACCCACCAAACCGUGCUUCUUAACACCCGCCCGCUUAACCCGGAAGCCAGCCGCACCAAUGUGUCGGAGGAAACGCCGUUCAACUGACUUCCGGCCCACCACAAGGGGUCGCUAAAGCGCGAUGAGCUAAGUAAAGCCCCCAUGGCCAAACCCUCCCCUAAUCCGGACGACGCUGGGCCAAUUGUGCACCGCCCUGUGGGACUCCUGAUCACGGCCGGUUGUGAUACAGCCCGGGAUCGAACCCGGGUCUGUGGUGACGCCUCUAGCACUGCGAUGCAGUGCCUUAGACUACUGUGCCACUCGGCAGGCCCCGGGUAGAACUUUUGAACUUUAUAUUUGUUUCUACAAAACGUAUACAUUUGCAGUUUUCACAUGUAGACACUGGUAUUGUGCUGGAGAUGAUGAAAAUGAGGUUGAAAAGUGGUGGAAUUGCCCUUUAACCACUGACUACAAUAACACUGAAUAUUUACUGUACUAGGUGUAUUGUCCCUGUAUUUGCUUUCCAUAGUGCCAAUUUCUCUUUACUAAUAGCUUGUUCAAUUUUUCAGAAACACAAAGAAACCGUUUGUCCUUCAUUUCCGGUGGCCUGCCCCAAUCAUUGUACUUCUCCCUCCAUCUUACGAAGCGAGGUAAGGAGUGUAUUCUAAUGUUCAUAGUAUGAAAUGUAUUCAUGCGAAGGCCGUAUGGGCAUCUUUUCUCUUAUCAUCAGAUGGAUAAACAUAGUUUUAGAUGUUGUGAUACAAUGGUUGCCCAUUUCAUUGAGACCACAUUGUAAUGCAAAUGCUUGGUAUAGAAGGAAAUGAUUUAACCUAAAUGUGUGUUUCUACUCUCAGCUGACAAGUCAUCAACAUGAGUGCCCCAAGGCUCAUGUCACCUGCUCCUUUAUCCGCUUUGGAUGCAAUUUCAAGGUCAGUAUUAAUGUUACUAAGACUGUUAAAAGGUAGUGGUGGUAUUAAUGAGGUAAAGGUAAAGGUGGUAUUAAUGAUAUGUUUAAUAUAAGUUGUAAUAUCAUGCCCACUAUGAACUCCUCAUGACGUCUCUCCUACUCUGUUGUCUGGCUAUUGUCCCACUGAAUUACAACUCAUUUAAGAGAACAUACAGUAGUUUUAAGCUAGUAUGUUUCUGAUAUGAUAUUUUCCCUGAUAUUCCUCUGUAGGGUCUCAACCAAGACAUGAGGGACCAUGAAUCUAGCUUUGCCUCUGAACACCUGCGGUUGAUGGCAACCAGGAACACUACACUGGAGGCCAAGGUAAUCAACUCUACAUUGUUCUUUAUAACAAUUUGCCCUGUGUACCAUUUUAAUGGAAAAAUGUAUAAAGUCAACAUAAUGAAAAUUCACCAGCAUCAAAACCAACUUCUAUUUCAAUCCAUAUGCAAGGCAUACGGUGUAUAAAUAUGUUGCCUUGUGUCUGCAAUACCUGUCGUACUUGUUUUGACUCAUGAUCUAAUCACAAAUUUGAGUAUGUGCUCUUACAUGUUACACAUUAUAGCACAUUCUAACAAAAUGUAUUUUGACAAGUACCCAAAAAUAAUACAUUGAGAGAAAUUAAACUGAAUAUUCAACCACAACUAACUUGUUACCAACCAGCUAAUCAUAUGGCUGAAUGGUUACUGUAGUUCAGGGUAAUGAAAUAAGCAAUAAUAACAGAACGUUUCCCACCCGUCUAGGUGGAGGAUGUUAAAGGAGAGCUUCUGGAGCGCUACAAGGUUCUGCCAGGCCUGAGCAGCCGUCUGUCUGAAACAGAGUCUCAGUACGAGGAGAUGAGGGAGAAUAACAGACAGCUGGAGCAGAAGCUCACUACCAUGCAGGUAAAUGAAAAGGUCCAAGUACACUGAGUGUACAAAACAUUAUGUGAGUUGCAUCACCUUUUGCCCUCAGAACAGCCUCAAUUUGUCGGGGCAUGAACUCUACAAGGUGUCGAAAGCAUUCCAUAGGGAUGCUGACUCAUGUUGACUCCAAUGCUUCCCAUAGUUGUCAAGUUGGCUGAAUGUCCUUUGGGUGGUUGACCAUUCUUGAUACACACGGGAAACUGUUGAGUGUGAAAAACCCAGCAGCGUUGCAGUUCUCGACACAGUCAAACCGGUGCGCCUGGCACCUACUACCAUACCCCGUUCAAAGGAACUUAAAUAUUUUGUUCUCCCCAUUCACCCUCUGAAUGGCACACACACAAUCCAUGUCUUAAUUGUAUCAAUGCUUAAAAAUCCUUCUUUAACCUGUUUCCUGCCCUUCAUCUACACUGAUUUGAAGUGGAUUUAACAAGUGAGAUCAAUAAGGGAUCAUAACUUUCACCUGGUCAGUCUGUCAUGGAAAGAGCAGGUGUUUCUUAUGUUUUGUACACUGUGUCAUUAUAAAACCUCCCAAUAAAGACGGAAUACUAGUCUUUGACAUACAUAAUAAUACUUGUCUUGUCCCAUUUACAGAUUUUUCAGUUGGAGGUAAAGUCUUGUCAUGUAUGGAACUUACAUUUUAGUCAUUUAGCAGAUUCUCUUAUCCAGAGCGACUUACAGGAGCAAUUAGGGUUAAGUGCCUUGCUCAAGAGCACAACGGCAGAUUUUUCAGCUAGUCGGCUCUGGGAUUCGAACCAGCAACCUUUCAGUUACUGGCCCAACGCUCUUAACCACUAGGCUACCUGCCGCCUAGGCUACUUGAAGUGUGUGUAACUGUAUGUGUGUGUUUGUGGACGGUUUCUCCAUGUAGAACUUGAUGAGUUCCCACUCUGAGAAGCUUUUGGAGAUGGAGCUGGAGCUGAGGUCUCUGAGGACUAUCCGAGAGGAGGUGGAGACACUCCGAGGCACCGUGGAGAGCAUUCGUUCCAGGGUCGCAACGCUAGAGGGAGGACGGGGCGGGGCCAACCCAGCCACACACACACUAGGUGAGUUGCCCUGAAUGCUCUCUCUCUCUCUAACUCGUGUCGGUCUCUCUCUCUCUCUCUGUUUCUGUCUCGUGUCGGUCUCUCUCAACACUUGUCUUGGGAAUUCUGUUUAUUCUUUGCUACUUCAUUGUCGCUAAAACCUUUUAGGAGUUGCUCAGAAUGAGUGUAGUGUGAUAUUGGACCAAUUUGAUAUGCUCAAAGUCUGAAGCGACAUUAUUAGCAAAGCAGUGAUUGAAAAAACAGUGCUUUUAUGGCCUGACAUUGAAGUCUGGGAAAAUGUAAGAAGCGGGAAGUCCAGAGUGGUGCAAACAUACAGGACUCUUAUUCCAUUGGCUUGCUAUUGUUUCUCUGCAGGUUCUUUAGAGACACAGCUCUCCCGUCAGGACGACAUACUGAGUGUCCACGAGAUCCGCCUGGCCGACAUGGACCUGCGCUUCCAGGUCCUAGAGACUGCUUCCUUCAAUGGGACGCUCAUCUGGAAGAUCCGUGACUACAAGCGGCGGAAACAAGAAGCCGUGGCUUCAAAGACCCUGUCUCUCUACAGCCAGCCUUUCUACACUGGCUACUUUGGCUACAAGAUGUGUGCCCGGGUCUACCUGAACGGAGAUGGCAUGGGGAAAGGAACCCAUCUGUCUCUGUUCUUUGUGGUGAUGCGUGGCGAAUACGACGCCCUCCUGCUCUGGCCCUUUAAACAGAAGGUGACUCUGAUGCUGAUGGACCAGGGCCCAGCCAGGAAGCACCUAGGGGAUGCCUUUAAACCAGACCCCAACAGCAGCAGCUUCAGACGACCCACGGCAGAGAUGAACAUAGCCUCGGGCUGCCCGCUGUUCGUGGCCCAGACUGUGCUGGAGAACGGUACUUACAUCAAGGACGAUACCAUCUUCAUUAAGGUCACAGUGGACACGUCAGACCUCCCUGACCCCUGACCCUUCACCUCUGGUCUGUAGAGAACAGCAGAUGUAUCCGGAUCAGGGUGCCCUUGUGUGAGAGAGAUUGCAAAAGAUGGAAUGGAGAGAGCAGAAAGAAGGAUGGAGAACAAGAAAAUAACAGAAAAGUUAGAGUAAGGUUUAUUUGCAGAUCUCAAGGUGCAGCCUAAGCCUGCAGAAAGAGCUGGGUGGACCUCAGAACAGUGGCCUUUGGUGCCUGUGUUGCUCACCAGAGAGGUGAGAGAAGGAAAGGGUUAUUUUUAAACCAGGGAGACAUGUCACCAGUGGCAACCAGGCUGAAUGUUAAAAAAUCUAAAGAAUGCCUAUAAUACUCAAAGAAGGGAGAGGUAUAAAUAGCAAUGGAUAGUGGAUCAUUCUAACCCAAGUUAUCAGGAUGUAACCAUCAUCAAACUACAUGGAACCAGUAUGUAUGUAUGUACAGUUGAAGUCGGAAGUUUACAUA